CCCGGCGUCCAAUCAGCCACCACCUCCUCAUCGCUGAACAGCCUAAGCCACCGCCAUGAGAUCAGCUCUUCAAUCCACGACAUCCUACUCUAUUCCCACUUCACAAUCCACGUUUGCUUUCCCCGUUUCCCCUCUCCCAGUCAAGAUCCACCGCGUGUUCCACUUUUCAACGCCAUCUCGACAAGGAACCCUCACAAUCACGCGUCGACAUCAUGGUCAUCUUCGGAGGCCUCGAGUUCAUCGUGGGCGGUAUCCUCGUGCACAAGCACUAUAAGCAUAAGAACGAAAAGAAGAGAAUAGAAGCCGAGACACACCAACGCCGCAACCACACUUUUCCCGGCGCCACUACUCCAAAACCUCAGGCAACACCGCUGUACCAUCAUCACAACGCCUCGCAGCAACACCAUCAUCCCGGUCCAGUACCCCAACACGCGCAAUGCCACAAGUACGUCUAUCAAGCAUCGUCCCGGCCGCAAGCGCAACCCCAACAACAACAACAACAACAAGGACAAGCACACCCACACUACAACCCCCAACCCAUCACGCACACCCAAUCCUUCAACAUCCCCCGCCGCCCUGUCCUCCCUCCACGCCCACCACAGUCCUACCAAGCCCCACCCCCUCAAAUCAUCCAACCCCUCCAGCGCGCAGACUCCUGCGCAACCAUCUCCAGAAUGCCCAUCGCAAACGGCUAUCGCCCUACCGCGAUGCAAACAGCUACCCCCGCACCCCACAACCCUUCUUCCCUCUCCCCAAUCAUGCAAUCUCCCUACUCAACAGGCGGCUUCUCAGUCUCCUCGCCUGCGCUGCAUCAACCUGGAGGCUUGUCCCCGACGUCCCCGCACGUCGGUAGGCAUACCGCUGUCGACGAUAAUUGGGAGACGUAUUCUACACCGGGGUAUGCGCCUUCUGUUUCUACGGCGCUGGGGGAACGGUACGAUGAUGAUGAGCCGCCUCCGCCUUAUCGCCCUUGA